CAAAUGGCUGGAUUUGGAAACAAGUUGAGUGCCUAUUCUAUGACUCAGUUAAACGAACUGCUCGAAGAUGACGAAAAGCUCAACAAAAUUAUCAAAGAUAUGGACGAGAUUAAAGACCUGCAGCAGAGCAAGGAGAUGACUCUAGCCAGUAACAGAAGUCUGGCUGAACAGAACCUAACACUCCAGCCCAGGUUAGACCACCAGAAGAACCAGCUGACCAAACGGUACCGUAGUCUACAGGAACUCUAUGAGGCCUACCAGCUCCACAAAUCCAGUCUUGAGCACAAGUCUGGGAACAGUUCUCUGGACACACUGCUGGCCCUGCUGCAGGCAGAAGGAGCAAAAAUAGAGGAGGAGACAGAGAUAAUGGCAGAUGCCUUCCUGGAUGGCGAGGUCACUCUGGACACCUUCAUAGAUGAAUAUCAGAGUAAGAGGAAGCUGGCCCACCUGCGCCGGGUCAAAAUUGACAAGCUCCAGGAGCUGGUUCUAAAAGGUCCAAUCCAGUCCCCUCAGUCUCAGGAUCACUCCGCGAAGCCCGUUCAGUCCUUCCAGCCUGAAAACACCGCCAGCACUCCGGUUCCCCUGCCCAGACGCGCACCUCCGCUGCCCCCAGUCAAAUCUCCACCAGCCCCCGCCCCGGUGCCCCAGCCUGCUGCCUUCUCCUAUCCCCCAAUCCCACCCAGAGUGGGGCAUCCUCUUCCACCAGCCAACAUCAACCAAGGAUACCCUGCUUCAGCCAUGCCCUUCAUGCCUCAGUACCCACCAGCCAUUCCCCAGAGGCCACCACAACGAAUGGCACCUCAGCCUGGCUUCAUUCUCCAGUGA